UGUUGUCAAAACAGCCGAUCAUAGCGACUCUGUGCCCUGUGUAGUCAUGGGUCACUGCAGGUUGAGAAUGACUGAAAAGUUAUGAAAAAUGACUGACCUGCAUUCAUGAACGACGGUGUUACUUGGCAGUCAUGCAUUUCUGCCAAUUAAAUGCUUUGUAAUAUGCUUUAAUCUGGUCAAAUGAGCUAAACAUAAAUAUUAUCAAUAUUGAGAGAAAUAUUACAUCCGAGAUAAAGGGAAGGUCAGUCUCUCGUCAUCAUAUGAAGCCUCUUCAUUGGCUACACGGAGAAUGCAGAAUGAACAUUGGCAAUAUACCUCAGGUAAAAUACUAUUGUGUCCCCUUCUGUUGAAUGUCACUGCGAUGUUAGAUGUGAAUUCAGCUGGUUACAUUAUUUAAAAGUCUAACCUCUGACCCACAUACAGCAAGGCCACUUAGGCUCAACAUAAACCGCUAGUCUAUCAACUAGACGCCGAUUGGUCGAAAAACCGCACGCGGGGGCGCGCAAGCAUGACGCGUCGGCCUGUGUUUCCAGGAGAGAUUCUCAUAUGCCAACGCAGACUCCCAUGUCUGAAGAGCCUGCGCGACCCCGUUCAAAUCUGUGUCGGACACUGUUGUGCCCGCUAGAGGAAUGCGCGUGCCCGGUACCCGGACCUGACGCGUUCAAUUGAAUUGGUUAAAGCCUUCUUGAGUCUAUACAAAAUAAGAAAAGUGAUUAUAUUUCUUAAUGUGAACGCGUCUUUUUUCUUUCGGUGUUUUUUUUGACGACCGCUGAUGGCUACGGUUUGUUUAGCGGGAACCGUUGAACUACGCCGCAAAGUCAUUGCAAUGUAGAGCAACCUUUUUUCGAUGGCGACACUAACUAAUGCUGGUUCUUCCCGGGCUUCACGUCCAGCGCUCCACUGAAGCCGCGGAUAUCCGGCGUCUCAUGCACAGACUCGAUCUUUUUUGAUAGAUCAGGACCCGGCCUGCCACUAAUAAGAUGCUCAGCACCACUGACGUUUUGAAGUCCCUCCAUGUUUAUAUUUUUUAAACUCAAUUAGACGACGUUAAAUUGUUCUCAGUCAUUCAUUGAGUUGUAUGUGCAUUUUAUUUUUAUUUGCAUUGCUGAACGUUGCAGUUUGUUUACGUUCUUGAUCUGCGGGAUUAGUGUAAGAACAAUUCUUUGGUGGCUUUAUGUAGCGCAGGGUCGCAGACGCGUCGCUUAAAACAUUUUUUUCCAAGGAUCAUUUGGGGGCUUACAUAACCCACAGCCAUCACCAUGUAUGCCGGGCGAAAAAGGAGAAAACCGGUACAAAGAGCCGUUAAGCAAGUUUCAAAUGAGGGAUCCAAGUCGAACCCCUCCAAACGGCACCGAGACCGUCUGAACGGGGAGCUGGAGAGGCUGGCCAGCCUGCUGCCGUUCCCCGAGGAGGUGACCACCAGCCUGGACAAACUCUCCAUCCUCCGUCUGAGCGUCAGUUACCUCCGGGCCAAGAACUUCUUCUCAGUGGCCCUGAAGACCAGCAAAUGCAACAGUGUGGUCCCCAGUGGCCCCAGCAGCGACAGCAACGUGGCGGUAGGGCUGUCGGACGCAUGGCUGCCAGAAGGAGAGCUGUUGCUGCAGGCCCUCAACGGCUUCGUCUUGGUCCUCAGUGCCGACGGGACCAUCUUCUACUCGUCCCACACCAUCCAGGACUACCUGGGCUUCCACCAGACGGAUGUGAUGCACCAGAGUGUGUUCGAGCUGGUCCACACUGAGGACCAGCUGGAGCUCAGGAAGAACCUGCACUGGGCUCUGAACCCGCCGGCCGCCACCGUAGUGGCCAUGAAUCAGGCCUCCCCCACAGAAAUGGAGCAGGACAGCGGCACCGCUGUGGUCACCUAUAACCCGGAGCAGCUGCCCCCGGAGAACUCCUCCUUCCUGGAGAGGAACUUUGUGUGCCGCUUCCGCUGUCUGCUGGACAACUCCUCCGGCUUCCUGGCUUUGACCAUGCAAGGGCGUCUCAAGUUCCUACAUGGGCAGCAUCAGCGGCAGGACAACGGGGGCAAGGCACCCCCCCAGCUGGCGUUAUUCGCCAUCGCCACGCCUCUACAGCCUCCAUCCAUCUUGGAAAUCAGGACCAAGAACAUGAUCUUCAGGACCAAGCACAAGUUGGACUUCACGCCAAUGGCCUGUGAUGCAAAGGGGAAGAUAGUGCUGGGCUACACCGAGGCAGAGCUGCGGGUCAGAGGGUCGGGUUACCAGUUCAUCCACGCAGCAGACAUGCUGUACUGCGCAGAGAACCACGUCAGGAUGAUAAAGACGGGCGAGAGCGGCCUCACGGUCUUCCGGCUGCUCACCAAGGACAACCGCUGGAAGUGGGUCCAGGCCAACGCCAGGCUGGUCUACAAGAACGGCAAGCCGGACUACAUCAUCGCCACGCAGAGGCCACUCGUAGAGGAAGAGGGAGGAGAGCACUUGCGCAAGCGUUCAAUGCACCUCCCCUUCACCUACGCCACUGGCGAGGCCCUGCUGUACCAGUCCAACCACCCCAUUCCUGGAUUCAGCGACGGGAUCCAUGAGAAGAACGGCAGCAAGUCCAAGAAGUGCCGGUCGGAGCGGGUUGCGAGAGAGGGCCUUGACCCUAGCUCCCUGCUGGGGGCCCUGAUGAGUCAGGAUGAGUCUGUGUACGUCUGCCAACCCGCGCUGGAACCCAAGCUGGCGUUCCACAGCAGCUUCCUGGGAGAUCAGCUGGGCUUCUCUGAGUCCGAGUCCCAUCCAGGGGUUCACAACGGAUGGGAUGCGCCCGGGAAUGGCAUCAAUGGCAUCAACGGGGCCGGGCUCCCUCCGCCAGCCAACAGCUUUGACCCGCUUCUGAGCACCCUGGACUCCCUCUCCCUGGGCGACCAGAACUCAGCCACAGCCCCGGAGGAGGGCUGCUCCAACGGAGAGCUGUUCAGAGCUCUGGAGAGUCUGGGCCUCAGUGCCGAGGACCUGGAGCUGCUGCUGCUGGACGAGCGCAUGAUCCGGGUGGAGAUGGACCCGGACCGCGUGCCCUCCCUGGACGACAUCCUCACCAACGACGAGAUCCUGUCCUACAUCCACGACUCCCUGGAGGCCAAGAGCGACAAGGCGGAGGAGGCUGGACAGGCCCCUCCCGUCCUCGCCAUCGACGCCGCCGCCGCCAUCGACGCCGCCGCCGCCCCGACAACCACGGCGGUGUCGCCGGCCUACAUGCGCACCCAGCUCCCUCAUCAGAAGGCUCCCCUGGUGGGCCAGGCCCCCAUCACUCUGCUGUCCCAGCAGAUGCAGCAGCAUCUCAGCAUGAGUUCGGGUAAGGUGGGGCAGGACUGGGUCAACCACAACCACCACUCAGGGCUUAACGGGGAUUACCCGGCGCAGGGUCAAGCCCUCACCGACGGACAGUGGUCAGCCCAGGACAUUCUUCACGGUUCAGGGAUGGCCGCGCGCACGGGACACUAUCCUGCGACGCAGGGUUCGCAGCUGGACGGGGAGCAGCAGCAGCAGCAGCAGCAGCGGCAGCAUCAAGCACACCCCCUCUACCUCCAGCCACAGCCGCAGCGUCCCACUGACACGCAGGGCCCUCUCUCGCUGCAGUGCCACGCCAAGCAGAACGGAGAGAACCUCAACGGUCCAUCCAACGGUACCGGCACAGACAACCCCCUCGGCAAGAGCCCGUGGCAGGACUUUGGGUUCGGGCAUCCCCCCAGGGAGAAUCUCUGUGGCCUCAGUAACGGCCAGGCACCCGUCACAGCCCCCUCGCUAGACGCUUGCAUCGAUUUCGCCAUGCCCGAGCUCCAGAGCAUGGAUUACCCCGUCAACGGGGGCGGCCUGUACCAGGGUGUCGAGGCGGCGGUCUCGUCCUACCAGAGGAUGAGCCACAAACACCAGCAGGAGCAGCACUUCCAGCCGCCCUUGGCCCACACGGCCCUGGAGCAGAUCCUAGGGCUGAACCAGCCUUGCAGGCAGCUGGGUCCCUAUAGCCUGGUGGCCCCCGACAUCGCCCAUGAACCCAACCACAGCAAGAUGGAAAAUGGCUGCAUCCUGAACGGCUCUUACCAGGGGAACUGUGCUCUGCCCAAUGGGAAUGGAGCAGUGCCCCCUAGCGGCCAGAUGCCAGGCCCUGACUCUCUACCCAGCCUAGCAGACCCACAGGUCACAGACUUCUACCUUUGACCGAGGGGGGAAGGGAGCCAGUAUGCUGCCAUUACACUCUUACGUCUUAUUUAGAAUCACCCUAACAACUAAGCCCAGCUUUUUACUUCUACUAAAAAAUUAGAAAAACAAAAAUAAGCAUUUUGGUUAUUUUGUGUGUGUCUGUGUGUAUGUCUGUUCAGCUCUGUGUGUGUGUGUGUGUGUGUGUGUGUGUGUGUGUGUGUGUGUGUGUGUGUGUGUGUGUGUGUGUGUGUGUGUGUGUGUGUGUGUGUGUGUGUGUGUGUGUGUGUGUGUGUGUGUGUGUGUGUGUGUGUGUGUGUGUCUGUCUGUCUACAGGAGAGAAAAAGAGUAAUAUUUUACAUUGUACAUAACAUUAUCAUUUAAGUCCUUUGUUUACAACAAUGCAGUCAGAGCAUGGGUCAGGUUGCCACCAUUUUGAGGACCAGAGACGAGAAUUAUGUCUGUUCUUUUCAGUGUGCUUCCAGAGUCCUUGCCCUCCACCACCCUGAGAUUUUUUCUUAAUUUAAUUUUUGUUUAUAUCUUGUUUUUUUGCGACGUGACAUCAGCAGCCCUAGUAUUUUGAGUCAUGAAACAGUAAUGUAACUUUUUUUUUCAAGAGUUGGAUGAGUCUUUGUUGUACAAAGAAUGAUGAGAUUAAGUCACGUAUGUCAGAAGUAGGAAUGAUACAGCACGGUGAAAUUAUGGCUAGAAAUACACUGCACUUUAUUUCAAGCCCCCCUCAACCUCAUUACCACUGUUAGGAAUUCAGUUAAGGUUUUGAAGAAACACGUUGCAUAAUUUCCCCGAAGCAACUGUUUAUGAAGUCUUUAGCAGUUAGUUAGUGGUGUUCUGAGGUGGCAUUCAGACAACAAUUUUACAUUGUUAUAGCGAAAUCCCUCCUGGAUGAUUGAUAGCAUAGAUAUAUAUUUUUUCUCCCACUUGAGGUAACUUUUUUGUUGGACUUGUUGAUCUGGUACCUCUGGAUUUUUAUUUUGUUUACGGUGCUAAUAUUUUACUGUGACUGUCAAACUUGAAUCACUUGAUUUACAUUUUCAAUAUUUAUUAAUGUCUACAUGGCAAGUUUUUAAUUUGUUUGUAAAUCACAUCAUUGCGGGAAGAAUUACCUUUGUGUGAAUCUAUUGUUCAAAAUGAAAAUUGGUCAAAAUGAAUUCCUUGCUUGUUUAUUUUGGGAGUAAAGUCAUUACUACUGGGGCACUCUACUACCUAUAUGUUUCUUUCAAGUAUUCUCGUUUUCUCUUUACAUAAUGGUACAAUUACGUUUAUUUCAAGUCAGGAACUGCAAGUAGGCAUAUAUAUGACGAGACAAUCACAAAACCAAAUGUGAGUACAGAUAUUUAAAACGCACACCAAGAAAAUACGCUUUUUCUGCUACAGAUACAGUUUUGAAUGUUUCAUGUACAUAGCAAGCAUUUGGGAAAAUUACACAAAAAUAGAGCUAUUUCGUCAUAAACAUGCUGAAAGAGAUUUUCAUGUAGCCUAGUUAUAACAAUUAUGUCAUUAGUAUUACAAUUAAUGUGAUCCAUAUUAUAUUAACUGUUGAAAUGUGACACACGAGUACAGAAAUAGUUCAUUUCUGGUUUCCUUUCUUUUCUACAACAGAAUUGUUUGAAAUAUUUAUCUUGAUUUCAUAUGACCUGUUAGAAAUGUCCAAAAAAUCAAAUGUGUGCAGAAAAGCUAAAAUUAUGUACUAAGAAACACAGGUACCUGUACAUUGAUCGACGUCUUUUCACUCCUUUUAAACACUAUUUCUCAACCCACUGCUGCUUAUUGAGGUACCUGGAUUUUUAUUGUGCAUUGUAAAUGCUACUCUCCCAUCACAAAACAGCUUGAAUCUUGCAUCAGUCUGAUAACAGUGCCAUACUACUGAGACCUGUGAUGAUAUAGGUCAAAUGUUUGGAGAAACGUUCAUUCUGUGAUUUGCAUAGUCACGCUAGCAACGGGCCUACAGGAUAUAAUACAUGUGUAUGGUAACAAAACAUUUUUGACCCAUGUCUUUUGACUGCUUGUUCGAAAUAUUUUACUUUUGACCUUUGAAAUAAAGGAUUUAUUCAAUCACGUUGAAAAGAAAGUGGUCUCUCAAGUUUGUAACUGUGUCAGUGACGAACAGCUACAUUUCAAAUGUGAAAAUAAUUUGCCGUUCCCUUGCAAAAUGUUCACCAUCUGAGACUGUGGUCUGCCAGAAAGGGUUCUGUCCUGAUGUUUGUUGUUAGUGUCCGGUUACUAAAUGGCCUGCCUAAGCUUUA